CGUGUGAUUCAGCUGAAUGAUAAGCAGUUGUGUGAAACUAUACCUAUCCUUAAAAGCAAAGUGAAAAAUUUAGUGUUAUCAAUUCAAGACCAGGAACGGUGUUUCUCCAAACCCUGUGUUGUUCAGUUGAAGUGGAACUCGUCACAAGGAACAAUGAGGAGAGCUGUGCUGCUGUGCUUCAUACUGUGCUGCUCUGGAAUACUGGCAGUAACAAGGCCACCGGGAGUCUAUAUUCAGCCAAGAUACGAUGUGUUUUUCAAAGCUGGAGAAACUGUGGAGAUGCCCUGUGUUGCUGAAGGCAUACCUAACCCCAGGUAUACAUGGGAAAUGAAUGGAAUCAAAUUCAACCCAAGUGGUAAUGAUGACCGUAUGGUCCAGCUCCCUAAUGUUGGGACCAUCGUCAUCAACAGACCAGAAGACAAAGAUGAAGGCAUUUUCCAAUGUUUUGCUGAAAAUGAUUAUGGAAAGUCAGCAACCAUCAAGAUCAAUCUGCGUGAGGCAAAGCUGAAAGAUUUUGAUGUGGAAAUGGACGUGUUUGUCACACCAUAUUUGGGGGAGUCGCAGACCUUGAAUUGCGUGCCCCCUGAGAGUAUCCCCUCUCCUGAUGUGUACUGGGUCAUCAAGGAGCAGAAUGGCAGCUUUACACCCGUCAACUUUGAUGCCAGAGUAACCAUGGACCUUGAGUCUCGUCUACGUUUUACCAAUGUCAAGGCUAGUGAUGGUCAAGAUGGAAAAGCUUAUGCUUGUAUGGCCAUGAAUGGAAUUGUCCGCAAAAACACACAGGGAGCACGCCAGUUUAUUAACCCCCGGGGAUCUUCAGAAGUUCAGCGAGAAGUCACCUACAUGUGGGCUUCCCCCUCUGAUCAUUAUGGACUACGUGGAGAUGAAUUUAGGAUCAAAUGUAUAUUUGCUGGAAAUCCCACACCAGAUGUGCACUGGGAGCGGGUUGAUGGCAAGUCUCUGCCUGACCACGUCAAACAGAGUAGCUUUGGGCAGGAACUUGUGUUUUCGAGUUUGGAGGAUUCGGAUGCUGGAGACUAUGAAUGUUGGGCUACUAAUGAUCAGACUCCACAGAGAGUUCAGAGAACCAUGUCCAUCAACGUGAAAUCCCGUCCCUACUGGAUUGAGGAACCACAAGAUGUUGAGUUGGGUAUUGGAGGGACUGCUCGCUUCAAGUGCCUGGCAAAAGCAGACCCAUCUCCUGAUAUAUACUGGUUUAUCAACAGUGUAGCCUUUGGACAGGCUAACCCGAACAGUCGGAUCAAGAAAAUUUCUAAUGAUGAGGUAAUGGUGGUGAAUGUCACGAAGGAAGAUGCCAUGGUGAUCCAGUGUAAUGUCACCAACAAGCACGGCUACAUCUGGGGAGACGUCUACCUCAACGUACUCUCUGAAGCCCCCACUAUCAUGGUGCCCCCGGCCGCACAGGUGGUGGUUGCAGAAGGCCAAUCAGUCAACCUGACAUGUCGGACCACUGGCAAGCCUGACCCACAGAUCACCUGGUUCAAAGAAGGGCGGCAGAUCACAGGAGGGAGGUAUCGGACUUUACUCAAUGGGGAUUUGCAUAUAGAGAUGGUAGUGUUGGCUGAUGCUGGGAAUUUCUUUUGUGCUGCCGAGAACAUAUAUGGUAGUCAAAAUGCUAGUGGUAUUCUGAUGGUCAGGCGUAAAACUCAGAUUGAGCAGCGACCUCUUGACCUUGAAGUCAAUGCUCAGACGGAUGCCAAGUUCACAUGUUCCGGGACAACAGACCCUGAGGAGGUUCAGAACCUGAAAAUCAAGUGGAUGAAGGACAAUAAGGACAUCACUGCCAAUGACCAAAGGAUGACCACCAACAACCAGGACAACUCGCUCACCAUCAGUGGCACCAUCGUCCGUGACUCUGGCACUUACACCUGUAUUGCUACCAAUGGUCUAGACCAAUCAUUUGCUUCAGCCAUGCUGACAGUCAAAGACCGUCCUGAUGCCCCAGUUAAUACCCGCAUAGAGACUUGUGAGCAGGGCAACGCCACUAUCCGCUGGACUCCAGGCAGCUACAACAACGCCCCUGUCCAAUACUUCAUUGUGCAGUACAACACCACGUUCAGCCCAGACCAGUGGAUCUAUGCCUUGAAAGUGGCGUCCCAGAAGACCAGUGCCAACAUCACGCUGUCACCCUAUGCUAACUACACGUUCCGUGUCCUGGCCUACAACAAGAUUGGGGAGAGUGAUCCAAGUUUCCCCACUGUCAAGAUUUGCAGGACCAACCCAGCUCGACCUCUCCAUCAUCCAGAAAAUCUCCGGACUAUUGGUGAUAGGAAGGGUGAACUCCAUAUUGAAUGGACUACAAUGCCCCAGAUCCAGCAGAAUGGUCCAGGGUUCCAGUAUAUCCUGCAGUUCAAACGGCAGGGUGAUCCGGACUCCUUGAUGCAGACAAAGCCGAUAGAUGAUUGGACUGUCGAUCAUUUCCUUUAUGCAACCUCUGAUGUCUACAGGCCCUACGAGAUCACGCUGAAAGCUAAGAACAGUAUGGGAGAAGCACAGCAAGAUGCUGUCCUCUUCACUGGCUACUCAGGAGAAGAGAUUCCUGGUAUAGUGCCUACUGACCUUCAGGCAACACAGAUUGAGGACACCACGGCCAUCUUGUCUUGGAACUUUGACAUGAGUGUUGUUGGGGUUGAGGCUACUUCAAUAAAUGGAGAGUUCAAAGGAUUCAAAGUGCAAGUAUGGCGCCGUAAUCUCCGAGAAACCACGAUGAGAGAAUGGGACAUAGGCCCGGAGGAAGUAGAAGCAAAUCGUGUUGGUAAUCAAAUCUUUGCCACAGUGGACAACCUUCUCCCAUACACGUAUCUGGAGGCACGGGUUGCGGUCAUGAACAACUACUAUGUUGGCCGACCGACAGACAUCAUACAGUUCCGCACAGAUGAGGGAGUUCCUGGUCCAGUUGAGUUUUUCAAGUUUCGCAACAUCGGUGACAAUCAUUUCAACCUUGAGUGGGGGUCUCCAAUGGAUGAAAAUGGAGAAAUCAUAGGAUAUGACAUUGGAUACCAGAUAGUGUCUGGCCUUGACCUUGGCAAGAUGCAAGACAGAGAGCCACAGAUCAACAAUCGCUUCCAGACAUCUGAGAUCCUGAGUGGCCUCCUCCCUAGCACAAAGUACAGAGUGUACAUCUGGGCUCGGACCUCAAUUGGUCGUGGGGACGGAUACUUCAUUGAGCUGACAACAUCAAAAGCUGGAAGUCCAGAGGCCCCGCGUUACACUAUUGCCAAUAUUGGGGAAACCAAUAUCAACGUGACGUGGUGGGUGAACCCCUACGCUAGGUCCGGGACUGUCAUCUUCGUGGAGUACAGGAAGGAAGGUGCCCCUGAGUGGCAGCGCUCCACAGAUGAGGUCGUCAACACAUUCAAGAACAUCACCGACCUCGAGUCAGGAACCACAUAUGACAUUCGUGUUGUGGCAACCAAUGGCAAGCAGCGGACAGAGUCCUAUAUUGAAAAGGUCACCACCCUUGGAGUCGCUGCAGCAUCGGCUCUCAUUGGCAACAUCGGCUGGUUUAUUGGAAUGCUGGUAGCUCUCUUAGUCCUCAUUGCUCUCGUCAUCCUCGCCUACUGUCUGAUCAAGCGAGGCUUUGAGAUGGGAGGAAAGGGGUCCCCGGACAGAGGGGGUCGUUAUCCAGAAGCUACUUAUACAGGUAUAAGGGUGUCUGGAAAAGAUACUUCUGAUUCAGAACAUGAGCCAUAUACUUCCCGCAUCCCUGACCGGUCCAGUGACUUCGGCCCGGAGCCACGCGGCUACAACAAUGAUUACUAUGAUGACCGAGAUAGAGACAGCUACUACGACUAUGACCGCGAUGCUGACAGCAUGAGGAAGAGUCAGACAUCGCUGAAUGAGAAACGCCCACCAAGCUACUACAGUGACAAGGACCGCUACUCAGGCCAAUACUAUGAUGACGAUGAUGACUAUAACCGUGAUGCAUAUGAAGACUAUGACAGGAAGCCGUCUCACCGAGAUGACGAGAAGUAUGACCGUGAUGACGACCUUCGCUACUCGCCAUCUGGUAAAUCCCCCAGUGGGGGUAAGGCAUCCUCUUCAUUUGUGUGAAAAACAGGAUUUUUUGGCUAGCAAUAAUGUUUACUGUUAAUGUUUUGAAGACAUGUUUAUUUUCGAUAACAUUUGAAGAAUGUCUUUAUUCCAAAACUUUUGUUCUAUUAAUGUUUUUUCAUGACAUUAGGUUAUUGUAAAAUGUUAUGUCAACGGUUUAGCCAGAAGGAAUUCCAUGAUGUAAGUUUAUACCGCAGUGAUGCUCACAGUGUUCGUUGGUCAGAUAACACUGAAGGUCCAUCAUGUUUUGAAGAUCUGUUUUCAUCAUUCUGUUUGCCCCACCCCUAAGGCAGAUAGCCUGAGAGUUGCUCUUGAGGAAGUACUUGCCAUUCUGGAACACUUCCAAAUGGCAGUUACAUCUGAUAUGUACAUAAGAAUCAUUACUAAUUUCUUAGCAAACAAACUCCUUGUUUAGAAGAAGAUGACAUCAUCACCUUCAGAAUCAAAUUCUUUUAAUCACGUGGAUGAGUAACUAAGAGACACUGCACCUAAAUACUGUAUAUUUUAUGGUGCUUCAAUCGCAUCUUUCUUCAAUGUACACAUCCAGGUUCAUCACAAAAAUCCAAAUAGUGUUGAUUAUUUGUUUGUUUUUAAACUUGAAUUUUCUAUAGUAUUGUUAGUUAUGCUAGUACAAGCCACAAUAUUCAUUAUUUAGCAACUAGAUGACAUUUCUUGAGAAUGUCUGUGUUGAGCUUGAUGUACAUACAAACAGUAGAAGAUUAAUCAUAGGUACAUAUCAAUGUAAGUGUUAAUUGCCAUAAUGUACAUAGUGCCCUAUAUUUCAUCAGUGACGAUCAUUCUAGAGUUGAUCAUUGUAAAAUAUAUAAACAUUAUUUUUUACAAUAUAUUUUAAAUGUUUUAUAUUUGAUCAUGGGAUUUUCUCAUAAUUCCUGACUUCAUUAGUGUGUGAGCAUGGCUUAUAUAUACAUUUGUGCAAAAGAAUAUUAUGGAAUUGUCGAAUACAUCCUGAAUAACAAUUAAAAAGUUCAAUUCUCAAUUUGAAACAUGUCAAGAAUUUUCAUAAAUUCUUUUAUUGAUUUGUUGUGUAACAUAAUUCUGUGUGCUUAUAUACUAAUGAGAAAGGCUUCAACCGGGUUAAAGAUAUUUGUGGAAAUCAGUUUAUUUUAAGGCAAAUUGUUUCACACCACUAUUAUUAGAGUCAUUGGGAUGGGAGGGACAUUUUUUACUUGUACAUAGUGGACAUUGUACAAUUAUGAAACAUUUCAUUACAAACAUUCCAGAAUAAAGUUUUGUAAUUAA